GAAGACUGAGAGAUCAGAGCUGCUGGACCUGCAUCAACAGCAGUACACUGCUGCUGUCUGAUUGGUUGCUCUGAUCAUGUGAUUUCUGAUGCUGAUCAACAGACAUUAAGACUGAGCUGCUGUACCUGCAUCACCUCACACACAGUUUGAUUUAAAGUCAGCUUCUUCAUCACUCUGAAGAGGAGAUCUCAACACUUCAGGAGGACCAGGAGACCUGGAGAUGGCUUCAACACCAAGAAGAAGAAGAAGAAUGAGCAUAGUCAUACCUCCUGAUCUGUCUGAAUUAAUGGACCAAGUCAAAGAACUUGCAGUCCCAUUCGUCAGAGAGUUUGACAGCAGUGAACCAAAGAUGCAAGAGAUUGAAGGAGAGUUUAGGAACAUCGCUGAAGUCAGAAAGAUGCAGAAGAGAACAGAUAAAAAUGCAUUAGCAAUAGCAGGCGCUGUUAUUGGAGGAUUAGGAAUACGAGCAGGAGUAGGAAUAGGAGCAGCAGUAGGAAUAGGACUCCUGGUCUUUGCAGCUCCGUUCACUGAGGGGGCGAGUUUAGCAGCAGUAGCACCGUUAGCAGUAGCAGCAGGAGCUGUAGCAGGAGGAGCUGUGGUUGCUGGUGUAAAUUCAAUAAAAACAAUGAAAGCGAACAGAAGUAUAAAGAAAGUGAAAAAGCUGGCGAAAGACUUUAAGGAGAUCACUGAACCGCUGAAGAUUGACCUGGAAGAAAUAAAGAGGACGUGUGAGAAGUUGGAGCAAAGAUCAGCUGGACUUCAGGCUGGAAUCACUCUGACAGACAUGGAGGACUUUCAGAGGAUUCUGAGACGAGUUUCUGAACUGGCAGAAAGGAGUGGAGAAGUUUUGUCUGCAGCUGUAAAAGUGAUGAGUUCCAUAGAUGUGAAAGUCUUCAGAGUCACAGCGACCCCUGAAGAGGAUAAAAAGUUAACGGACUCCAUCAUCCAGUCAGCUGAUCGCUGUCAGGAGGUCGUUGUCAAGUUUGAUCAGAUGAAGAAAGAACUCAAAGACUUCACUGAAAAAUAAAGAUAGAAGCAGCAGGAGAAGAGAAAGACUGGUUCACACUGAAACUGCUGACUACCUGUUAGUGUUUGAUCAUUAUCUAACAUACUGGACUCAUAGUAACUGAAUCAGAU